AUGAAGCAUGCAGCUUUCAACUGGAUAAUUGUUGUUCGGUUCUAUGUAGGCUUUGUUAAUGGACAUUCAGAUGAGUAUGACGUCAUAAACGCUGUCGUCAGCAGCAGGACAAGUUUGAGCAAUGUUUCACUUGUGUUAAAAGAGUUCAACACAUCGGCGGAUAACACGAACUUAUUUGAUACAGCUUCAGCUUUACUUGAUCAUAACACCAUUGUGCUCAUUGAGGGAAGCAACACGAAAAUGUCUGCAUGCACACUCUCUUCAGUGACCGGCAUUCCUCUCAUCCGUUUCCAUGGAGACAGUAGGUCCUUUGAUCAAUGUGAGAAAGCGAUUCAGAUGUCAGCGGGAUACAAAGAAUACGCCCUUGCUACGCGUGCCAUACUGAACACAUUUGGAUGGAAAAACAUUGCACUUGUGUACGACGCAAGUCGGUGGCACGAAGCUGGGAAUUUUUUUGCCAUCUCCCGGAGUUCAGGGAUGACGGUAAAUUUUGUUCAGCUUUCUGAACAGGAUGAAGAUGAAGAUUCCUCUGUACCAGUACUGAGGGCAUUGGAACAAAUAAAAGACUUUGAAGUUGACAUUAUUCUACUUUACAUUGAAAAACAAAAAAUUGAGCUUAUGUUACAACAGGUACCCUUGAAGUUAAGCUGUUACCAGAAUGUGGUAGUAUCAUUGAAGCUUACGUAUGUUCAGAACUCGGCUUCUGAUGAACUAGAACGUAAUCAUAACAAAACUACCAAGGAACUGCUUGCAUUUGCUUACGAUUCAGUCCAAGUUAUUAACCAGGCGGUAAAUACAGAUCCUUGCCUGUCGAUUAACGGAUCUCUCAUCAGUUCAGAAGAUACAGAAGCAAUGUUGACCUGCUUGAAAAAGAUUAGCCUGGAUGGUUUAACAGGACCUGUCAACUUCAAUGAGUAUGGGCAGCGAAAAAAAACUGAUCUGGAAAUUCUGAAUCUUCGAAACAAUUCGUUCAAGAAAAUAGGUACAUGGAAUUCAACUAAAGGUGCCGUACUGUUUGGAAGUGUCUUACGCAACAUGGACAAUCCACUCUCCAAAGGAAGUCUCGAGGGAAGAAAGCUUAGGGCUGUUGUAGCUUUGGUAGGAACCACUAGAAAUAUAAAGUUAGACGUUGAACUUACUCAAUUUGAUGAAUUGUUUACUAUGUAA